UCUUUGAUCGACCUUUUCGUUUUCUUGGUUACUUCUUUGCCUGAACUCUAAUUCAAAACACAAUAUCCAUUUCCUUAACUUACAUCUGUGUCUGGUGCUUUAGGGGGAUCUGCAGUGAUACCCAUUGAGGCAAUUUUCAAAGAGCUUCUGUAGCUAGCCAUCUUAACUUUCUUAUUUGCAUGCCUGAAAAUUUCUGGCAUGGUCUCAACAGAACCAAAACUCAUUCAGUAGGAUCCAUUUCUGUAGGACAUUCAACAAAAUUGGAUGCUUUGAAGGUUUCCCCCAGAUCCCUUUAGGGGAAGCAUUCAAAUGGUUCCCUCAUUGGCCUUCUUUUGUUACUGGAAAGCUUCAAAGAUUUCUGCUCUGGCUCCAAAUCAGAACCCUAGUUUAGUGAUCUCCAGCUCUAUUUCUGUAUAAAAUUUCUGUUGAAGUUAAUGCCCUAGGGACCUUUGGUGGUUGCCUUUUCUGGAAAUUUUGGAAGGGACCUCUUGCUGGAAAAGGGGAAAUCUGUGACUAGCUAAUCUUCACAAAUGUUUUCAGCUCAGCAAUCUGAUCAAGCUAUGGGGACAUCUUCAGUGAUGACUCCCUGCUCUUCUGCAAAUGUUACUGAACAAUACCUUGUUGCUGAUUGGAACUCCCUUGUUUCAGUGGAUCAAAAUAUGGAUUUCAGUGGGCCAUCUAGUAUUUCUUCUUACAAUGUCAGGAUGCCACAAAACCAGGAAAUCAAUUGUUCUAUUGCUGAUACCAGGCCUUCUUCCUUCGGCAACCGGAGCUUUCCUGAGCUGGUGAGUUCUUUUGAUCAGUCGGAGAAUUGCAAGAUUGCAAGUUCUACCUGUCCUCCAAAUUUCCCUUUAACUGACCAGCAUAGCUUCGAGAAAAAUCUCAAGGGGAAGAAAAGAAAAGGUAUGACUGAAUGCGGUGCUGUGCAUCCCCAUUCAUCACUGGACAGGAUUCAGGCUGGGGCUGAACAGCAUAAAGACAUCUCUCCUGAGUGUGUCAAAAGCCCAACAGAGAGAGAGGAGAAAAAACAGAAGGGUGAACUGAACCCAGGUGUCACCUCUCAUAAGCAGGCUGCUAAACUUGCCAAGGAAAUUUCUCAAGAUGGUGAUGCCCCUAAAGAAGAUUACAUUCAUGUACGAGCCAAGCGAGGCCAGGCCACCAAUAGUCAUAGCCUUGCAGAAAGAGUGAGGAGGGAAAAGAUCAGUGAAAGGAUGAGGCUUCUUCAAGAUCUUGUUCCUGGAUGCAAUAAGAUUACGGGCAAGGCUGUCAUGCUUGAUGAGAUAAUCAACUAUGUGCAGUCACUGCAACGGCAGGUUGAGUUCCUAUCCAUGAAGCUUGCAGCUGUCAGCCCUGAGCUGAACUUUGAUCUCGAGCAGAUCCUUUCAAAAGAUAUUCUUCAUGCACAAGAUGGUGGUUCGGCAGUUCUUGGAUUUGGUCCCCGAAGGAGCAGCCUUCACCCUCAUUUGUAUGGCCCAUCCCCACAGGGAGUCAUGCAGUCAGAAAUCAUGUGCAGUGCACCCAAUUCAGGAGACAUGGUUAGAGCCGCCCCACCCCAUAUUUGCCCAGUGGCUCAAAUAUCAAGUAUUUGGCAUGAUGAACUGCAAAAUGUUGUUCAGAUGGGCUUCGCUCCUAAUACAGAUGCUAGUGACGCAGAGCACAAUGGUUCCAUGAAGGUGGAGUUAUAAAUCUUAUAAUGGAAACAUCUUUAUCCUUCUCACUGAUAUUGCUGUAUAGCAUUCAGAAAGGAUUUACCCUUGCUUGGAGUCUCUGUCAAAAGAAUCAUGGCCCUCUGUUGCUGAAGAACGCAGUAGUGUACAGUUUCAAAGGCCUAACCAUUUCUUUUCAUUUUUCAGAAGAAUUUAUGAAAUGUUAAUGAUGAUUGUGUAUAGUUUGGGCUCAUAAAGCUGAUUCAAUUGCAGUUAUCAAUUUGACGGGCAUUAUAUUGGUUGUAUGCAAUACUUUUGGGGAAUCGAAAUGGAGUUCAUAGAUUAUGUUAAAAGAUGAGUGAGUGGGACUGGUUUCAUAAGUGGUUUCUUAAACUAUUAGUUGUACUGAGUGAGGGGUGGGUAGCUCUGAGUUGUUUGUGGUGAUACCAGGAGGGUUGGCAGCAUAAGAGCAUUAAAGAAUGAAAUUUCUGCUGU